UCAAUUAUUAUUUUGGUUCCGUCCGCAUUCCGCAAAUGGAACAUCUUUUCACGUGGUUUCUAUUUUUAUGUUUUAUGUUAAUUGUGAGUUUAUUGCAGAUAAAUAAUUUAUAAUGCAUCGGCUUAUCUCUGCUAAGAAUAUAUACCGUAACACAUUUCAUGGACUUCCAUUACAAGGAAGCAAUUCACUUAUAAACACUCCGAUAUCGGACAUAAACUGUUCAAUUUGUCGAAAAAUCCUUCUUGGUGGGCAAUCAUCAGAAAAUCUUGUAAGGAAUCAAUCCACGAGAACUGCAAGUGUUUUGAGGUCGUCUAGGAAAAAGACUAAACACAAAAAUUAUAAAAAGUAUGGCGAACUCUUAGAAGUUGGAAAAUCUAUGACAGAAACCAAGGUGUCCAUAAGCAAGUUACAUGCUUCACACCUCUCGAAAUUAGCAUCUAGCCCUGUAUCUUUAGGCCAGCUUCAUCAACUGACAACAAAAACUGUGAGAAAACAUUCAGAACUCAAAGAAGUGGAUGCAGAAUUGCUUCAAAGUGUUAGAGACAAAAUUCUUAAGAAGGCGACACCAAGUGUCUGCAAAGAAAUAGUUUUAGAAGAUGAUAAAUGUGCCCUAGUCUUUACAUCUCACCAACUCUCUGAUGUGGAGAGAUUUAAAACCCAACAGUAUAUAGGAAUGGUGAAGGAGAGUUAUUAUAAUUUUAGAAAAUCUACUUUAUAUGACCAGAGAUUACAAGAUUUGAGGUAUGCAAUAAAUGAGGGUUUGAAUCAAGAAUUUGACCUUGACACUUCUGUGCGAGCAGAUGUGAAGUCAGUCAGCGCUAAUGAGCCACCGAGAAGUCCACAUGCUAUAUUUAGAGAGCUCUUUGUUGACAACCAGCUGGAUAGCUACGAUCAGGAGUUGUUGACACAUAUUACCAAUAUGCAACAUCAGGGUAUUGCACAUCCGGCAUUGGAUGACCUCUGUGAUGAUUCUAUAAUACACGGAGCUGAAACUCAUGAAGAGAUAGACUUGGACCAUGUGGUACAUGUACCUGCAAAAAGCUUGAAAAUAAAGAAAGCACGAGAAGCAAUAACACAAAAGAAGAAAAAGAAACGCGAGAAGCGUCGAGCUCUGCAAGAGUUGAACAUGAAGGAGGACAUGAAGGCGCUGACCCGCCGCGGGAAACUGGAGGCCCUGCACAGGCUGCUCACAGCUCACUUGCAUCUCCUUUGCUCCCUCAAUAUGGUUCAUGAGGGUCGGCAAGUACUACAGUAUUACAGACAGCGUGGUACCAAGACCUUGGAUAUUGGGAAGAUAUCUGAUGUCAACAUAUACAAUGCUCUCUUACACGGAUAUGCUGCUCUGGGUCAAAUGGAAAAUGUCAAAGAGCUACUCAUGUUUAUGUCUGAAGACGCAAUCGAACCGAACGCACAAACAUACGCCGCCAUAUUUGAAUGCAUAGAGAGGAAUGAAAGGGUCGACAAACUGACAUUGCUGAAUUUUUAUCACAAAAUAAUGGAAGAAAAGGGUGUAAAUCUAAACGAUUUGAUGGACAAAACAAAGUUUCUAUACGACCAGCGGGAGGUGGUGCUAAGGGCGAUACGUCGGCUGGAGCCGGCGUUCGAGCCCGUGUAUACCCCGCCCAAUCUAGAUUACAGCUGCCCACUGAUGGACAACUUGAUGCUGGACAAGGUGGAAGCCAGACGAGGUCUGCUGAAGUCUCCGGCGGAAGGCGUGGUCACUCUGCAGGAGAUCCUGGCGCUCGGCAAGCAGCAGCUGGACGUCGAGAUCAGAGGCGACAUCGAAGUGAACAAUAUUGAUGUCAAGGACGAAUCGUCGCCCGUUGUCAAAUUCUGCCGGGAAAAACUAAAAGAGACUGAAAGUGAAUGGCGCGUCGUUAUUAAAGAAGCGUUCGUACGGAACCUCGGGACCCUGAAGUCGCAAAGUAUAGCGUCGCAUUCCGCCAUCACGCUGUACCCGUAUCUCAAAGUAUUAACGGUGGACCAAUUCGUUGAGAUAAUAAUGUCCGAGAUCAGCAAACUGGUGGACGGCAGCGAGACCUACAGCCCCACCCUCAAACUGCUGCAGAGAGACCUCGGGACCCAAGUGUAUCACAAGCAUCAAAUAGAGCAGUACCGUCGCAACGGCGUGCUGGCGAAAAUAGAACAGCUUUAUGAGAAGUACAGCGAGUGGUACAUCUCCCGACAGUCGGUGGAUCAGCGGGAACCACACAACAGCCGCCAGGCCUGGCAGACGCUCGCGCAUCGCUACAGAGAGGGCGCCACUCUCGACACGGAGGAAGCGCCGUGGCCGCUGGAGAUGAGGCAGAGCGUGGGCAAGUUCCUGUACAACAUCAUCAUCAACGACGUCAAGAUCGACGUCAACAUGUUCAAGCCCAAGGCUAAAGAGAAGAAGCUGCCGGCGGUGUACAAGGUGCACCGGCCGUGGGGCCGACUGGUGCGGCUGGAGCUGAAGCCGCACCCGGCGCUGGCGCGGCUGUGGGCGGGCGCGGCCGCGCGCACUCUGCGCAUGCGCGCGGCGCUCGCGCCCGCCGCCGCGCCGCCGCUGCCUUGGGCCAGCUUGAAGGCUGGAGCUUAUCUGGUCACACCCACGCCGCUCAUCAGGGUACCAAUGCACGUGAUGAGUCAAUGGAAGCGUCUAGAAGAAGCACCUGCAGAAGCGUUGUAUCCGGUACUGGACAGCCUCAACCAGCUGUCCGAGGUGCCCUGGGUCAUCAACCAGCCGAUACUGGAUCUCCAGCUGCAGCUGUUCAGAUCCGGGGGCAACAAGAAGCUGGACAUCCCGCCGCCGGCGUCGGCGCUGGACGCGUCCCGGUUCGCGGCGCCGCGGGCGGCGGACGCGGCCGCGGCCUUCAAGAACCGGGUCGCUUUGAACCGCGCACGCGCAGAGAUGCAUUCGCUGUGGUGCGACAUGCUGUACAAAUUGUCGUUGGCCAACCACUUCAGGGACCGCGUGUUCUGGCUGCCUCACAACAUGGACUUCCGCGGUCGCGUGUACGCGUGUCCGCCGCACGUGUCCGUGCUGGGCGCGGACACUGCGCGCGCGCUGCUGCGCUUCGCGCGCGCGCAGCCGCUGGGCGCCCGCGGGCUGCGGUGGCUGAAGCUGCACGCCAUCAACCUCACCGGGACCAUGAAGAAGAGCACUGUCGAUGAGAGACUGGCCUACGUCGAAACCAUAAUGGACAAGAUCCUGGACUCAGCCGACAACCCCCUGGAGGGCCAGGGCUGGUGGAAGGCGUCCGAGGAGCCGUGGCAGACGUUGGCCUGUUGCAUGGAGAUCGCCAACGCUGUACGAUCGCCCAACCCUGAAGAAUACAUGUGCGGGUUCCCGGUGCACCAGGACGGGUCCUGCAACGGGCUGCAGCACUACGCGGCGCUGGGCGGAGACUCCGCCGGCGCCGCCGCCGUCAACCUCGCGCCCGCCCGCCGUCCGCAGGACGUCUACAGUGCUGUGGCUGCGCUCGUGGAAGAAAUGCGCAAAAAGGACGCGGCGGCCGGGAUUCAGCCCGCGAUUGUUUUGGAAAACUUCGUACGAAGGAAAGUGAUCAAGCAGACCGUGAUGACGACAGUAUACGGAGUCACGAAGUUCGGCGCUAGACUGCAAAUCGCUAAGCAGCUCAAAGAUAUCGACGAGUUUCCAAAGGAACACGUGUGGCCUUGCUCACAGUACUUGACCGCCAAGACGUUUGACAGUUUGACCGAAAUGUUCACGUCGACCAAACUCAUACAGGACUGGUUCACCGACUGCGCCAAGGUUAUAUCAGGAGUAUGUGGGUCGUCAGUGGAGUGGGUGACGCCGCUGGGGCUGCCGGUGGUGCAGCCCUACCACCGCCGCACGGCCACGCUCAACGGCCCGCUCAACGCCUCGCACGACACACAACAACGGCCGUGCACGAUGAAGCAGCGCAACGCUUUCCCGCCAAACUUCAUCCACUCGCUGGACUCGUCGCACAUGAUGCUGACGGGGCUCGCGUGCGCCGCGCGCGGCCUCACCUUCGUGUCCGUGCACGACUGCUUCUGGACGCAUCCCUGCACUGUCGACCUCAUGAACCAGAUAUGUCGCGAGCAGUUCGUCGCUCUACACUCGCAGCCGAUAUUGGAAGAUCUAUCCCACUUUCUAGUGAAGACUUAUAGCUAUGAUGACCGUGAGUUGGUGGACAACACUCCGGGUGCGGCGAACAAGAAGCGGGUCAACGACCUGCUGCGGCAAGUGCCGAGCAAAGGAAACUUCGACAUCAAAUGCGUUCUAGAUUCCGUCUACUUCUUUAGUUAGGACAUUUCUGUCAUGCCAUGUGUGUCAAUUUAAUGGCACUUGUACUCGGAUGGGUGGUAAUGGAAUGGUAGGGUUUGCGUGUCUAAAUGGUGUUAAUUUUUAUGUUAGUUAUCGUUUUGGCGAACGAUGGAGCCAUGAAACUUAAAAAAGACGAUAUAUUUAUAUAUAAUAAUGUUUUAAAAUUUUGUUAUGGAAAGAUAUCCAUUUAUUUCUUUUAAUUUCGUUGUGCAUUUUAUUAUAUUUUGGCUGCAAAUGAUAACAUGCGUUUCAAGAUUUUAGACGCAAGAUUUUUGACGCCGUAUUACACUGCCGUAUUUUUUCUUUACCUUUUUACAAUUUGUCUUAUAUUUGUUUUAUAUUUCUGUUGGUACGAAUUAAAAAUCAUUAUGAAUUUAAAGACGCGACACGCAAACCAAUUUGAUAGACUGAUGUAAUUUAGAUGGAUAGUUAGGUUUUGUAACAAUAUUAUUACUUACUGCCGAUAAACGUACAAAAUGAUGUACAUAAUAUGAUUUUCUUCUUUUAGUUUGGCUCGAUUUGAUGAUUAUGUCGAUUUGUCCUAAUAUCAAAAUACGUUAUACUGUGUCACACUCCGGCUUGAGCCGGUCUAAUUCCACUCAAAAAAUCAUCUUAAUCGAGUGCUGUGUUUUGACAUGAAAGAAGGACAUGAUAAUAUUAGUAUGGAUGGAUUCUAUGAUCAAGUUGCACCUUAUUUCGCGAUGAAAAAAGUUCCAGCAAAUUAAAUAAUUAGACCUUCAACCAGAAAGCGAUCGAUGAUUAACAAAGAAAAGUGGCCUGAAUUUGUACUUAAUAUAUUAUCAGUUAUAACGUAUCUUGCGCUUAGGAAAAACAGAAUACACACUGAGCAAGAGUUGACUUGAAACUGAACUUUCUUUUAUAUAACACCCUGCAUAUCUACUCCCAAGUCUCGAGGCAACAAUAAAAAAAAAGAAAUUUCCAGAUCAAUAAUCUUUUGGCCAGUACUUUAUGUAAGUACUGGCGAUCCGAACGGUUUCAAGUAACUCUUGCUGAUUAUAAUAUUGUAGUGAAGUUUGAAAAGUGCCCUGAACAAAAUGUUAGUGAACCAAAGGCGUUACCUCCGCUUGUAGUGCAAUGCAACCGUCUGUGAUUCGUAGUUAACUAUUAACAAUAAAAUAAGUUGAAAUUA